AUGACUGAGGCUGUUGUUUCUUUUCUCGUGGAAAGAGUUGGUGACUUCAUCAUUCAAGAAGGCAGAUCCUUGUCCGGAGUUGGGGAUCAAGUUAGGCGAGCACACAGAGACCUACUAUUCAUCAGGGGCUUCCUCAAAGAUGCAGACGCAAAGCGACGAGAUAGUGAGGCAAUACGCAUUUUUGUUGCCGAAAUUAGAGAUGCUGCUUAUGAUUUGGAGGAUGUCAUUGAAGCUUUUGUCUUGAAGGUGGAUUCCAAGAGGAAAGGAGGUAUAAAGAAUGUUUUGAAGAGGUUGGGGUGCAUCUUCGUUGAAGGAGUUCGCCGUUACAAGAUUGGGUCAGAAAUUGGGGUAAUUACUAUCACGAUUUCUGAUUUGAAGCAGAACUUGCAAACUUAUGGUAUCAAGGAGAUAAGGGAUUCCUCUACUUCCCUCCAAUUGUGUGAAGGACAACAACUACUGAGGCGAACUUACACUCAUGUUAUUGAUCGUAAUGUGGUCGGGCUAGAGGAUUCCGUCCAUGAAUUGGUUGGGCAUUUGGUGAAGGAAGAGCAUCGCCACCGAGUUGUUUCUAUUAUUGGGAUGGGCGGAUCUGGGAAGACAACUAUUGCUAAACAAGUUUAUCAUCACAAAGAGGUAACAGACCAUUUUGAUUGUUUGGCUUGGGUUUGUAUAUCUCAACAAUAUCAAGUCAGGGAUGUCUUGGAGAGGAUAUAUGUCAAACUUAUUUCCCCUACAAAAGAGGAGAGAGAAGAAAUCAAAAAUUUGAAGGAUGACGAAAUACCAGGGAGGCUUUCUCGUCUCCAAAAUGAAAAGAAAAUGUUUGAUUGUCCUUGA